GCCAUAUGCGGGCGGCUCUAGUCGCGAGUGCGAGGGAGAUACUAUUUAACUGACGAGAAGCCCAACCGGUGCUGCAGGGUGAUUCUGUGCACGAUUUUCCAUCAGUAUAAUUUGUUAAUAACUUAAACGUGAUGUUUGAUAAAUUUUUGGUCGGAUAGUCAGAGCACAGAGCACAAUACUGUUGCUACCAUUGAGGGGUAAACAGGCGGGAUAUUUGAAAAAAAUUGGUCAGAUUCGUCGAAAUUAUUCAUUUGUCGAAUGAAUUUGACAAAUUAAUUCAUCAAUUAAUUGAUGAUAAGUGGGACUUUUUGGAUAAAAUUUUUAUGGUGAACUAUGUUGUUCAAUUUAUGAUAAGAAAUAGGCGAAUUUUCUCGAUUUAAAAAGUGAAAAAUUUAAGGAAAUUUUGCAAUUUCUCGGUUGAAUUUUGUAUUUUGAAGUGGAGCACCUGAAAUGUCUGGAAUUCGUAUCCGCGUAGAGGAAGCAUCCUGCAACAAACGCUGGCCAACUGAUGCUAAUAUCGACACAGCAUACGGUGCAACAAUGAUUACAGUUGGUGAGCCCAAAGGUUCCUGGCAUAUACCGAGACCAUCACUCGUUGGACGAAGUGAAAAAGACAGUGACAAUUGUAGCAGUUGGAUGCACCAUCAUUUACAGCCAAAUUCACCGUCCAGGAGUUCGACAUCGUCACAGGGAUCGACGGCAAGCACACAUAGUGCUGCAUCGGGUACCUUGCUGUUGACAGCGGCAAAUUUGGCAACACUAACAGCAAUGCACCCCCCUCCUAUAACGUCCCCAAAAACAUUGGAUAGCGUAUCAGUGGCCAGUAGCACUCAUUUCACUGUUGUCAAUGGAUUAGGAAGACCUACAGCAGUUUGUAAAAAGUCAUGGUGCGCCAGACAUCAGCUUACGGUGCUUGUAUGCACCAUGAGCUUCUUGUUCAUGGUAGGACUUUUUGCUGGUGUCCUUUGGAUGGAAAUGAGAGCUCGUGAUAAGUACAACUAACUACUCAUCACGAAGGAUAUCUUUUAUGGAGUCUCUACUUCGAUGAAAUCCGUUAAAGAAAACGUACUUCUUCGAGCAGGAUAAUAUUCUAAACAUUAGAAAAUAUUGAACAAAAAUUGAUUUUGAGUCGAAUUUUUGCAUAUCGUACAUAAAUUGUAUUACGCUUGUAUCAAAUGCGUGGUACGUGACAGUCCAGUAAUUACAUUAUUCGUAAUACUUAUGACGUAAGUAUGCCAACGAAAUGGCCGAAGAUUAAAUACGUGUGACAAUUCACAAUUAGCGAAUAAUUAGAACUGUUGAUUGCAUGAGUACUUAUACAAAUGUGUUGUCAUAUAAUUGUACAAUCAUGAAGAAACGAGUUUUCGCUUACUGAUAUCAAGGGUGAUGGAUCGAUUCGGAAGAAUUGAAGCCGACGAGAGGGCCAGCUCAAUUUUGUAACAAUUGUGUCCCAUUUUCGAAUAAUUUCUUCAAUCCUGAAAACUAUUAUGCAAAAUAUUCGAAGAAAAUGAUUGAAAGCCUAAUGAUAUAACAAAUUUAUCAACUAAGUAGUCACCAAUUGCGAUGCGGAAAGGGUGAAACAGGAAUAAAUGAAAGGGUAAAAUAGAAUAUUUCGUCAUAAACUCGAAAACGGAAUCGAUGAAAAGUGUUGGAAUCGUACGAAUCCUAUGUUUUUUUGAUCGAGUGAUGAACAUAUUUUUUAAUAUGAAGCACGUGAAAUGGUUCACGGGAAGGACUAGUGAUAGCUGAUUGUUUAUUCGAACGAGCGAAGAAGAGUAAAAUUAUGCUCUUCCUGUCUGUGAUAUUAAUUAUGUAUUAGAUGGUUUCGCCACUUAGUAAAGUAUUU